AUGGGAAGGAGGAAGCAGCGGGGCCGCUCUGGCGGCUCAACCAACAAGAAGAAGGGAUCUCGCAAGCAGGCCAUUGACACCGACGAAGAUUUCCAGCGUCGGGACGUGUACAAUGCAGAUGCCAUCGACUUCUCCAAGGUCAAGCCUGUGGAUGAAGGCGACUCUGACCAGGAGUAUGCCGUCGGCUCUGGCGAGGACGAGGAUAUUGACUCCGAUGCCGCGCUCGACUCCGAAGACGAGCAGAUGUUCGAGGACAUUAUGCAGGGCAAGAAGCCGGCCAAGGCCGCAGCCCGAAAGCAGAGCAAGAAAGCGUCGCUUCGCCCACAGCUCGACCUCUUGGACGAAGAUGACGACAACAUGGCCAUGCACGCAGACAACGCAGCCUCCGAGGAUGACGAUGAUGACGCCGAUGACUACAUGGACCUGUCUGAGAUGCUGACACGCGGUGACGGCGACGACAAGCCCGCCAAGGAGGGAGGCGAAGCCGCUGCUGGUGGUGUGCCCGCUGAUGCUGACGACGAUGAUGAUGACGACGACGGUGACGCUCUUGAUGAUGACGAGGCGCAGGAGAAGUACCAGCAGGUUGUGGACGGCUUUCUCAACAUGAGCAAGACCCUUGUUGACCGCCACGAGCGAACGGAGGCCGAGGCGCCGAGCAUGGCAAACGUGACCGGCACUGCCGCCACAGACAAGGUCUCCCUCACAGACCUCCUGGGCACACUCGGCGACGGCGGCGCAAAGAUUGGACGCCUGAAGCAGGCGCUGGCGCCCCUCAGCGCUAAACAGAGCACGAUGAAGCUUGACACGCCGCUUGGCCGCGCUGCAAAGGAGAAGAUUGCCCGCCAAACGGCAUUCACACAGGCAGCAGAGAACGUUUCCCGAUGGGAACCGAUUGUGCGGGAGAACCGGCGUGCGGACUUUGUGUCGUUUGCGGGCGACCCGACAGCCAAGCGUCUCAUGUCCACUGUCGCCGCCCUUGCAACCAAGUUCAAGCCAAAGUACGACGUCGAGAAGCAGAUUGAGCAAGCGCUUCAGGCGAGCAAGGCGGUUGAGUCCCAGAAGAAGGCGUUGACAGAAGGAGAAAGCCUUGCCCUCAAAGCGCUGUCGCCAAAGGAGGCUGAGGCGCGCGUGCGUGAACUGGCGCGCAUUCGGGCGCUCAACUCGUACUACGAGGCAAAAUGCAGACGCAUCAAGAAGAUCAAGAGCAAGAAAUACAGGAAGAUCCGUCGCAAGGCUGCGCAGCGGCUUGAUGACGAGAGCCUUGAGGAGUUGGACGAGGAUGAACGGAAGCAGCGACUGCUCAAGCAGGAACGCAAGCGCGCAGAGGAACGCCUGACGCUGAAGCACAAGAACAAGGGCAAGUGGGCCAAGCGAAUGAUGGCACGCGGGAGCAUGGACGUGGACACACGCCGUGCCCUCAACGAGCAGCAGCAGCUGAGCCAGCAGCUGCUGAAGAAGGCGACGAUGCAGGAGUCGGACGACGAGCAGGGCGGCGACUACGACAUGAACAGCGACUUUGACGAGGAGGAAGAGACGGUGGAGGACGCUGUUGCCGGUCUGGAGGAGGAACUGCGUGCGGCGCCGGCGAAGCAGACGGCCACGGGGAUCGAGGGCAUGAAAUUCAUGCAGCAGGCCGUGCAGCGGCAGCGCGAGGAGGCCGAGCAGAUGCUGCGAGAGCUGAAGGCUGAGCUGGCCGGUGGUGCGGCGGAGACGGACGACGUGUCGACGGCGCACAGGAUGAAGCUUGGACCGUCGAGCAGCGGCAAGACAGCACGCGCCCGCAAGAACAAGGCAGAUGCAGCAGCGGCAGCAGCAACGGCAAAGGAGAAGCGCGCAAGCAAGAAAGGUGGCGCUGACGACAGUGACGACGACGAUGACAAUGACGGCGUUGGUGGUGGUGUUCGCGAUGGCGCUGUUGCGAGUGACAGUGACAGCGCGAGUGACGAUGAGAACGCGGACAGCAGCGCAGUUGUUGGUGGCGGCGAUGACAGUGCAGCACCGCGAUUCAGGGGCAAGCGCACGGUGCGGGCACGUGGUGCUGUUGAGGUGAAGAUUGGUGCCAGUGGCGAGGAUGUGGGCGACAUGCAGGUGACAAGCGUGGAGACGCACGCGGAAGCCGUGCAUGGUGGUCUGGGUGGCACCACCACCAGCACCAGUCAGAAGAAGCAAGCGCGCGCCUCUGAUACGCAGCAGGGCGGUGCAACCAAGUCAACGGGCGGUCCCAGUGCAAAGAACCAACAGCAGCAGAAAGGGAAGGCAGGUCAGGGCCAGCAGAAGCAGAACAAGAAGCAAGAGAAGAAGCAGGCGGCAGCAGGCACCACAACCAAGGAGAAGCAGAGCACCAAGAAGGCUAAGCAAGGCGAUGAUGCCACAGCAACAAAAUCAUCAUCAGGAGCAGCAGCAAAGUCGAAGGCGAAGGCGAAGGCGAAGGAAGCCGCCCCGACGGACGCUGGCGAGACCAACCUGUUUCUUGCUGCCAUGUCGCGGAAGCCUGAGGACAACAGCAGCAAACGCAAGGGCAAGAAGGGCAAGAAGGGCAAGGCAGGUGCUGCCAAUACUGAUGCUGAGAACCCCUGGAUUCAGGCCGCUGCAGGCAACAACGCCGGCCUGACACCGCAGAUGGUGAUCACGGACAAGUCGACGGCGAGCGAGAAGCGCAUGGCCAAGCUGCAGAUGCUGCGCAGCAAGGCGCACAAGAACAACGGCGCACCGCAGCUCAAGGACUUGGAAGCGGCUGUGACGAACACGACCGCGAAGCAGGCGGAGCUUGACGCAAUCAAGAACGACGUUCUGGAUGAAGACGAGGCGACCGCUGACGCAACGCAGGGACACACGCGCCUUGAUCUCACCAAGUCCAACAAGGAGCUCAUUGCACAGGCGUUUGCAUCGGACGAUGUAUUGGCACAGGAGUUUGAGAAGGAAAAGGCCGCAAUUGCAGAUGCAGAGACGCCAAAGGACAAGGUGACAUUGAUGCCUGGUUGGGGCGAAUGGGCCGGCGUUGGGAUGAAGUCCUCGACCAAAGUCAAGCGGAUUGUGAAGAAAGCGCCGCCUGCGAAGAAGCGGCGGGAUGCGCAGCACAAGACGGUCAUCAUUACAGAAAAGGCGAACAAGCGACUGCAGGAGAAGAAGAUUGCAGCCAUUCCGCACCCGUUUGUCAACCCGGCUCACUUUGAACAAGUCAUGCAGGCGCCAGUCGGCCGCGAGUGGAACACGGUGCGCGUGUUCCAGAAGAGCGUGCGUCCUGCUGUGGAAACCAAGGCUGGCAUGUACAUUGAGCCCAUGAAGAUGACAAAGGGUGCCAUUGCCGAGGCAACGCGCAAGUUUGAAGAAAAGACUGGGGGAGACAGCAACAGCAACAGCAACAGCAACAGCAAGAACAACAAGAACGGCAAGAACAGCAAGAACAACACGGCGGUAUCAGCAACAGGGAAGGGGAAGCGCGGUGCCGGUGGCAACCAACGCCCGCAGAAGCGAGCAAAGAAGGGUGGUGCGUCUAAGUCACACAAGCAGUAG